AUGUGUGGGAUAUACUGGUUCAUCGCUGUGUGGAUGUGCAGCGCUCCACCCCAGCUACUUGUGGGGCUCAGGGUGGGCUUACAGAUGGCUCAGGCGGCGAAUUGUUCUCGGUGGGGUAGUCCCAGUGAAAAGGGUUUGUUUGAGGAUGGGGAUGUUAUCAUCGGAGGGCUUUUUAGCCUUCGUUACUCUCCUCCAGAUAAAAACCACGACUUCAUCCAGCUCCCAGAGAACAGACCCUGCACUGGUUUGCAAAAUCUACCAUUACAGUACAUCUAUGCUAUGGUAUUUGCUCUGGAGGAAAUCAAUCAUAGUUCAACCUUGCUACCAGGUUUGAAGCUGGGCUAUCGUAUUCAUGAUAGCUGUGCUCUCCCUGCUUGGGCUCUGCAAGCAGCAUUGUCACUAGUUGGAGGAGGUGCCUCUACCUGCAAAACAACAGAUGGAAAGGAAGAGCAUAUCAACGAGAAAGAAGGUGGCCAACCUGUUCCUUUGAUUAUUGGUGGCUCCUCAUCUGUGGCAGCCAACAUACUCUCCAGGAUCCUUGAACCAAUGUCUGUUCCUUUGGUGAGCUACACAGCUAGCUGCCCCUGUCUAAGUGACAAAAAGCAAUACCCGAACUUCUUCAGGACAAUGGCUAGUGAUAUCUACCAAGCGCAUGCUAUCACCAAGCUUGCCAUACGCUACAAGUGGACUUGGAUUGGAGCUGUGAUUGCAAAUAAUGAUUAUGGUCAAAUGGCUGUGAAGGUAUUUCAAGAGGGGAUUCAGGGGGCAGGGGUGUGUUUGGCUUUCAUAGAAACUCUUGAAAGGGAGAACAUUGUGAGGGAUGCCAAACGAGCAGCGCUCACAAUUAAGGCCUCGACUGCCAAGGUGAUUUUGAUCUUUACCUGGUACACAGAUGUGAUGGAACUCUUUCAGCAACUAGCCAAGACGAAUGUGACUGACAGACAGUUUCUAGCCAGCGAGGCCUGGAGCACCAGCACCGAUCUUCUCCAAAACGUUGUCUCUCAUAAAGUGGCGAGAGGUGUUCUCGGUCUGGCCAUUCGAAGUGCAGCGGUGCCUGGUUUUGAAAAUUAUCUCAGGAAUCUGAAUCCAUCUCUUCAUCCCGAUGAUGAGUUCUUAAGGGAAUUUUGGGAAAAGGAGUUUGGCUGCACUCCUGUGGAAGCUGCUCGUUCUUCUAAUAACUCCUUACCACAACACAGGUCCCUCCAUAAAGCUUCUCUCCCACCAUGCAAAGGCACAGAGACGCUGGAAGAAGUGCAAAAUCUGUUCACCGACACGUCCCAACUACGGGUGACAUAUAAUGUCUAUCUUGCAGUUUAUGCUGCAGCCCAUGCACUUCACAGCCUUCUCUCUUGCCCGGACAGAGAAAGCCCAUCUGGAAACAACAUCUCCACUUGCUCCUUUCCAAAGCAAAUCAAGCCCUUUGAGGGAAUUAGUCAGCAGUUUUUCUUAGGCUCAACUCGAUGUGAUCGAUGUCCAUCUGAGUUCUGGUCCAAUUCUGAACGAACAGAAUGCAUUCCUCGCCAGCUGGACUUCCUUUCUUUUAAUGAAACGUUGGGCAUUGCUCUUUCAGCAGUAGCUAUUUCUGGGGCAACAUUGACAACAGCUGUGUUUGUAGUGUUUCUUCUCUACCGUCACACUCCUGUGGUGCGUGCCAACAAUUCAGAGCUGAGCUUCCUCCUUCUCAUGUCGCUGAAGCUCUGUUUCCUCUGCUCACUGGUCUUCAUCGGCCGUCCAUCAGUCUGGUCUUGUCGAUUCCAGCAGGCGGCAUUUGGGAUCAGCUUCGUGCUCUCUGUUUCCUGCCUUCAAGUUAAAACCAUUGUGGUUCUAGCAGCGUUCCGCUCAGCUCGGCCUGGCGCUGAAACAUUGAUGAAGUGGUUUGGUCCAGGCCAGCAGAGAGGAAGUGUCUGUUUGUUCACCUGCGUACAGGUCUGGUAUUUUCCUCUAGAAGUCGUCACUUGCAUUAACAUGAUUGAAAUUACAGGUGCGGUUCUUCUAUCCGUUUAGGUUAUCAUCUGUAUCAUUUGGCUAUCACUCAGCCCUCCAACGCCUCAGCCUGACCUAGACAUCCCAGGGUUGAGUGUUACCCUGAAGUGUGCCAUGGCCUCAGUGGUGGGUUUCGCCUUGGUUUUGGGGUACAUUGGCCUACUUGGCUGUACAAGUCUCCUUUUGGCCUUCCUUGCCAGGAAACUCCCAGACAACUUCAAUGAGGCCAAACUGAUCACCUUCAGCAUGCUGAUUUUUUGUGCUGUGUGGGUGGCUUUCAUUCCUGCUUAUGUUAGCUCUCCUGGAAAGUAUGCCGUGGCUGUGGAGAUUUUUGCCAUCCUUGCUUCCAGCUACGGUUUAUUGUUUUGCAUCUUUGCCCCAAAGUGUUUCAUUAUUCUUCUGAGGCCAGAGAAAAACACUAAGAAACAUCUAAUGGCCAGGUAAAAAAAACAAUCACUGAUCAUAUUAAGACCCGUCAUUUCAUAUCCUCUAAAGGACAAUUUUCUGAUGAGUCUGUGUAAAUUAGUUUUUGCCAAGGUAUAUAGUUGUGUCUUGCUUUUCUGUUUGAUUUUUUUAAUAAAGUCACAAAUAGUUUUUAUUACAAUAUACACAAAUAACACAAAAUACAUUCUCCUGAUAUCAUCUGUCUACAGUUUGUAACGUUUUAUCAUUUUUCUAAAUAAAUAAUUUCAGCCCAUAAAGAAUAAACACUAAAAGAUCUGU